AUGACCUUCAAGCAACCAUCAUUUUCCAGCAACAUGGGAGCUGUUCCCAAUUCUCUCUCCGAGGUAGCUGUUCCCAAUUCUCUCGCCGAGGGAGCUGUUCCCAAUUCUCUCUCCGAGGUAGCUAUUCUCAAUUCUCUCUCCGAGGUAGCUGUUCCCAAUUCUCUCUCCGAGGUAGCUGUUCCCAAUUCUUUCUCCGAGAUAGCUGUUCCCAAUUCUCUCUCCGAGGUAGCUAUUUUCAAUUCUCUCUCCGAGGUAGCUAUUCUCAAUUCUCUCUCCGAGGUAGCUGUUCUCAAUUCUCACGCCGAGGUAGCUGUUUCAAAUUCUCUCUCCGAGGUAGCUAUUCUCAAUUCUCUCGCCGAGGUAGCUGUUCCCAAUUCUCUUUCCGAGGUAGAUGUUCCCAAUUCUCUCUCCAAGGUAGCUGUUCCCAAUUCUCUCUCCGAGGUAGCUAUUUUCAAUUCUCUUUCCGAGGUAGCUGUUCCCAAUUCUCUCUCCGAGGUAGCUAUUCUCAAUUUUCUCUCCGAGGUAGCUGUUCCAAAUUCUCUCUCCGAGGUAGCUAUUCUCAAUUUUCUCUCCGAGGUAGCUGUUCCCAAUUCUCUCUCCGAGGUAGCUAUUCUCAAUUCUCUCUCCGAGGUAGCUAUUCUCAAUUCUCUCUCCGAGGUAGCUGUUCUCAAUUAUCUCGCCGAGGUAUCUGUUCCCAAUUCUCUUUCCGAGGUAGCUGUUCCCAAUUCUCUCUCCGAGGUAGCUAUUUUCAAUUCUCUCUCCGAGGUAGCUAUUCUCAAUUUUCGCUCCGAGGUAGCUGUUCCAAAUUGUCUCUCCGAGGUAGCUGUUCUCAAUUGUCUCUCCGAGGUAGCUGUUCUCAAUUCUCUUGCCGUAGUAAUUGUUCUCAAUUCUUUCGCCGGGGGAGUUGUUCUGAAUUCUCUUCGAUAUAACUGUUCUCAAUUCUUUCACCGGAAUAUUUAUAUCACAAAUCUUUCUCAUGCCGGAUGCGGAUGUGCAUGGGAGGUCAUUUGUUUUUCUAUUCGGUGA